AUGUCCUCUCCAAGGUCCGGGAGGCUACCAAUAUUCUUUGUUGGCGAGACUCAGGAACUACCGAUAUCAUCACAGGCUGGUGAAACAUACAACGCUGCUGACAUGGUGACUGAAUUGAUCAUGAACGGAAAGAACAUUUACUGUGUCAGCGCAAAUGAUGACCUUCCGACCGCUCUAGCAAAAGCCCGUAUUACACCCCGUGUGCAGUGUACGACCCCAGACAGCUCUAUUCUCACCGUCUAUCGUACUGAGCGCAAAUCCGAAAUUGAUUAUAUUUGGCUGCUAAACAAUGCUAAUGUCACGGCAUCCUUUGUUGCUUAUUUCGAGAUUAGCAGGGAUGUGCUGCCGUUUUCCCUCGACGCCUGGACGGGAGAUGUACGGCCCAUAGCCCAAUACUCUUUCUCUAGGAAUCAGAUGGAGAUUCCGCUGAAACUCCAGCCCCAUGAAACAACUAUCAUUGCGCUCAGACCAUUGGCAGGGAAGAGACCGGCCUAUGUCACAAAGACAACAGGCAAAGUUGAAGCGGUCGGCUAUACCGUUGGCGGGAAGCUAUACGCGAGCCUCAAAGGGCCAUCGAUGGUGACGGUCAGAGGCACCAAAGAACAGUCUCUCAAUGCAAGAGUGCCGGCAUCGUUUUCAAUCAGCCUCUGGGACCUGGAAGUCCAGGAUUGGAGGGGCAGUACCAACUACACCUCCAUCGAGCCGCAGAUAUUGGUCCACACAUUCAGCAAUCAAUCCUUGGUAUCAUGGAAGGAGAUCUCCCCUGAACUUGAAUCUGUUAGCGGCAUUGGUAUCUACUCCGCGAAUUUCACGGUCCCCAGCGUGAAAGACAUCGGGGCCUAUCUGUCAGUCGGUCCGAUUUUUAAUACCCUCCGCGUCUGGGUCAAUGGCCACCAACUGAGCCCGUUCGCAGCCAAUAAUGCCAAGGUGGAUAUCAGCCAUUAUAUACGCUGCAACAAAGUCAAUAAUAUCAAGGUCGAGGUGUCUACGACGCUUUACAAUCGCCUCAAGGCUGAUGUGAAUUCGACCCUGCUCAUGGGAUAUCCGCUCUCCAUGAUGUCGCCGACCUAUGCGUCCGGCGAAAGCCAAUCUUAUGGUCUACAGGGACCUGUGGUUAUUGACUGGGUCGCGAACAAGAACCUCGAAUGA